AUGGAGGCGACAUUACCGGCUAUUGCUCCAAUUGAAUCGAAUAAUGAGGAUACCAUCAUGGGAGAUUCACCUGAUGCAACAAAUAUCCAAUUAUCUCCUGGUAUCAGCCUCAGUAUGGAGAAUUCAUGUCCGCCGGCAUCGAUACCACGACCUCCAUAUACACCUCAGUUUUCAUCGGCUUCAUGGAUCUUGGAUCGUAUAAAGUCUACUCAGGGACGUCCAAGUUCGAAUUUGUCACUUAUAAUGAACAAUGCCUCUCACACUACAGAUGGAGAAAAGAGUGAGAUGGAUGAGAAGCGGGAUUCAAGCAUGAGUGACACGCUACCAAUGCCCAUUUCGCCAACCCGCCAGCCAUUCAACAACGUUGAGAAUAUCAUGGCGGCAAACUCUCGUCUAAUAGGAUUGAAGAGAAAGCGAGAACAACAGGGUGAGACGGAUGAUUUCACCCAGAAUACAAUGUCACUUCCUAUGCCUGCUCCACAGCCGGCGGUAGUACUAUCCACAACAGCGACGCUGAGUAUCACGCCGCAAAGCAGCUAUAUGAUGUGCUCCAAGUGUCAUCAAGACUCAUUGGAAGCGAAUAAUCCACUCAUUCCUUGCGGUAAUUGUUCUCAAUUAUGGCACCAAGGCUGUGUGCCGCCAUCGAUAAUAAAAGAGGAGGAGGCACAGCAACUAUUAAGGUUUACGUGCCCAUCAUGCUUGGGUGCGAAUGAAAGAGAUGCGAUGGAUCAUACAAGAGAAGGCUCUCAUCAUCAGAAUGAAUUAGAAAGACGGCGAUCCAGGAAUUUGGCGGCUCUAAAUGGAGAUGCCGUUCCGGCCAAACCAGAGCAUGUUGGUUUUUGGGCAGGAAAGGCAUCGGAUACGGCGUUAACGGAGUACUUUUAUGGGAAGAAGAAGACAGAUUUAUUAAAUAUUUUAUCAUUCUGCGAUCAGCUCAAACCACAGUUGCUGGUUGACAUCAUGGUUUCUGUUGCAAAGAGACAUCCCGACCUACCAAUCUUCGACUCUCCAAACUGGAAUGCGGAAACAUUCAGCACUGUCACAGCUCAUAGGAUAAAACACUCACACCAAAGUGCCCGGUCUGCUACACGGCCACGGCAUGGACAUACCAUUCUAGAAUCAAGAACCAAGAACAAGCACAAGAUUUCUAAAAAGAUGGUCAAGAUAGCGCCAGUUAUACAAGCUGAAGAAUCACCAGUAAUGGACGAUGGUGAUUCUCUCCCGCCAAUGUGGCCAAAGGCCGGCGAAGGCCUGUAUGCAAAACUUUCUCCAGAAGAUGAAGAUCGAGCAUUUUUGUUGGACGACAAUGAUGAGGAGGCAUUUAGCCAUUUUGGGGUGGACAAAUUUGGCAAGCAAAUAGCGAUUCCUGUAAGUGCUUGA